CACUCAGCGCCAUUUUUGACUUUGCAAAAAUAUUUUGUGAUUUCUCCAAUUUUGGAGUAUUUUUACGCUCAUAGAGAAAGAUUUAAAUUCACACAUUAUGUUAGAAGAAAGAAGAGUUUGAGUGUGGACAGUAUGGAUGGACGGGGCGUAGAUCUUCAACCUAUAUUUGCCAAAUUAGGUCACCAACUUGAGGAGAUCAGACUGAGGGCAUUGAACAAUAUACUAUCUAAGCUAGAGCAUAAUCUCAUAUGUGAGUCGGACCUUGUUCAAGAGAAACAUUUUCUGAUUCGACUGAUUGAGUGGUUCAACUUCCCAACAACUCCUCAAGAACUUGAUGUCCUGAAGCUGAUAUUAAGACUUGCUAAGCACCCUGGUGCAGCGAACAUCUUACUACAAAUCGGCAGUGUGGCCUUUCUUACAAAACUGCGCGAAAAUCGCACUGGGCUGUUACGUACGCUGAUAGAUGACAUCAUAGAAACAUUGUUUAGACUGCCUGUUAUUGACAGUGGGGAGGUUCACUCAGAGGAAUGUGUCUACAGAGUAAAACCUUUAAAGCCAGUUAUUCCCACCGAGUACUUGGAACCCUCAGAUUCAUACUACACUCCUAGAGACCAGGAUGUUCCCGAGAGAUCACAUGUGGUUCCCCAUGAAGAUCGGGGAUACUUUCACGCCACCACAGAAGAAAGACAUUUGGAUGACACUUCAGCAUCCAAUGGUAGUGCAAACUGCUUUAUGUUUUCUACAUUCCCAUGGUUAGGGUUGACUCCAACUGAUAGACACGUACUGGACUCCACUGAUUCGUCCCUUAGAUCGAGAGAAACUGGUUUGAUAGUGAGUGCUUGUGACUUCCUUUGUGAUGUUGUAUUUCAAGACUUCCCAGCAGAAGUAUUCCUGCAAAGACCAAACAUCGUAAAGAGUCUAUUGUCGUUGCUAGAAGUCCCAGCAGAUGAACAUUUUGAAGUGAACCUAGCGGGUGUGAAGACUCUUCAGUAUUUGUCUCAGUGUUUACAUACGAGACUUGCAUAUUAUCAGGACCCCUCCCUCUAUACACCUAAGCAAGAUUUUACAUCUGCUCCGUCACAUUCUUCGUCUCUGUCCAGUUCCAGUAGCCAAUCAAUGAAAUCGUCUGAUACACGUCCUUCUGCGAUUGGUCGAAGUGAUAUCCGUUGUGGUGGUGAUGGGAGAGAUCGUGAUUCUUCAUCAUCAUCGAAUGAUACAUCAAGGACAAUUUCUCCUGAUCUUGAAGUGCCAGACAUUGAAGAUAUUCAAGCUUUACAGUUCAUGCAGAUGACAUUACCCCAGUUCUGUAUAUCUACCUUACAGAAAUCUCUCCCUCUUCUUAAACACAAUUCAGAAAAGCUACAACUUUAUUCAGCACUCUUGAUUCAAAAAUUACUAAACAUUCUUGAGGAAUCCGUCACUAGCUCUAUAUGGUCAGACCCAAGUCCUGCAGCCAGAGAAUUGAUGGAUAAGUUGACAGAGUGCAUUGAUAUUCUUGGAGAUGUGAUAACCUUUAACAAUCACUCCACCAGCCAAGCAGGGUUAAAAAACAACAGGAUGAGAUACCUGAUAGCAGCAUCUCUACUUGUACGACUUUUGAAGGAUUUGGUGCCUAAAUCAAAGGCGCUUGAUGUGCUGCCAGAGUCUAGCCUGUCUAUUCUGAACAUCCUCCUCAUGGAUGAAUGCUUAGCAAUGGCCUAUCCAGAUGUAAGGGAGCUUCUGAUUGGUUAUCUGCAAGAAACUGAUGUUACACAGCCUCUGAUUGGUUAUUUGAAACAUGCAGACUGCUCCCCCUAUCAGGUCUUUGAAGCAACUAGUGAAGUAUGCAAGUCUAUGUCUGCUACCUGCAAGUUGCUCAUGAUGGAAGAUAUUUGUGCUCAGCACCGUAAUGAUGUGAAAGAGAGGCUGAAACUGGCUGAAAAUGCAAUAUACAGUCUUCCAUACCACCAGUAUCUCCCUCUAGUGGAUACAUUAAUAAAUAUGGCCUCAAUAAUAUAUAAUUUUGAUGUGGAAGAUAGUUUACACCAUCAAAAUUUGGCGCUGGUGCUAAAAUGCAUGACACACCCCAUGUCGAGUGUCAGAGAGCGUGCCUUUGCAAAAUGUCUUCAACUGACCAAGAAAACAUUUGGUCUUGACAAUGCAGUUACAGUUAGUUGCUUCAAUCCUAUUGGCCUGUUCAUAACAGAUCGUAAAGUAUUGGACCAGUUAUACAGCCAUAGCCUCUUUGAUGCAAAGGUUAGCAAAGUUGCUGAGGAAAUACUACUAUAUAUAUUCCAAAGUCAGUUGGUGGUGCCAUCUACAAUUUGGCGACAGAUUCUCGACAAUGUUGUCGCUAUAUUCCCCAUCAUUCAAACUGUUAUUUCCAUGCAGGGUUCAUUAGGAAAUUGUUUGUUGAAGUUAUGUGAAGCCAAACCCCAUGAUGAGGGUACCUCACUGACACUGCCAACUGUGGAAAGACUCCGGGGUUGUCUAAGGAUGCUUUAUAUGCCAGAUAUACGGCUGCGAACUGAGGGCUUGAACAGGUUGGCCUGGUUUUUAACAAGUGAAGAAAAUAGUACACAAAAGCUACCUGUAUUUUCCCAGCUGAAUGUGACAGACCUGGCUAAUUUGCUCAUAGUUGACCUGCCUGUGCACCCACAAGAUCUUGAUACUGGGAGAUCUGUUUUUGAGAUUGAUGGUAUGAUGAAAGUGUACGACAUAUUCCGUUCACCCUCUGUGGAUCAUAGUGUUAAGAAGUCUGCACUGGAACAACUGGCUGUCAUUCUACAGGAUACUCAUCUUCACAAAGCAUUUCGUAAGGAAGAUGGUGUUCAACGUUUGAUCCACACUCUACGUGGUUGCGUCAAAAAAGAUUCAAAUGAACUACAACAGGGAAGAAAUAUGGAAUUUAUCCCCCCAUGUUUAGUAUGCCUUCAUGCACUCAUACGGGCCAAUCCAAACUUGAGACACUCUUUAGCCCGUGAUGGUCAAAUAUAUUAUGAUGUCAUACGCUCUGCAAUUCUCUGUGCAAGAGACACGCGUACCAAGCAGGAAGUGGCAUCUAUUUUAUUGUUUCUUUUAUUUGAUGAACUUGUUCAGGAAAAGUUUUCACUUCCUGGAGUGAUCGUUGACAGUUAUAAGCUGCCAAUCAAGUUCAGCAGUUAUGCCACGCAGAGCCCUCAUAUUGUGCCAAUGCCAAUUGAGAAUGACCCACUGAUGACUAGGGUCAAUUUGGACAGACUGCGGGUAUUCUGGAACCUCUCCUGGCACAAUGGAAUAGACGACCUAAUGCAGUCUGUGAGACAACCACAGAAACAUACUGAGUUUUCAUCUAAGCUGACUCUCACAGAGGCCAAUAAAGCUGCACUGAUGCUGACUUACAGCCAGAUUGUCAUACAACAAUGUGCUUAUGACAUCACAAAUGCCACUUCACACGAUGCUGUCUCAAAGCAGGUUUAUUUGAUGACUGUAUUCAGAGCUAUAGAGUCCUGCCUUGGUAUGGAGACACUAUUUACGGAGGGUAUACUAACAGAAGCGUUCGAUAGAUUUAUGACCACUCUACCUGCAUCUGAGCAAGAUGAGCAGCUACUCAUUGACAUACUUACAUUUCUCAGUCUUCACUUUGCCCCUGGAGUACAACAUGAAGCCCCCAAAAGUCUGAGAACAUUUUGUGAGAGACUUACGAUUCCUGAAUCUGCAGUCCUACAAAUUCUAGCACAGAAUAACACUGAUGGUGAAACUCAGACAAAGCGGACACUGGGCAAGCUCUUGUUGCAAUAUAUAGGAACUGUUUCUAGUAGGCUGCCAUACCCAAGGUUAAACAGGAGCACAGAGACGAGGAUGACUGAGGCCAAAGGCAACCUAAUGAGCCAGUUGAUAUUAAAGUUAAAUCUAACAGAUACGACUCACUUUUACAACCUCUCCUCACUGGAGAGCUCACUGCAAUGUCUUUUACAUCUCACAGCCAGGGUUGGUUGGAGUGAAGGUUGCAGACACACAGACAGACUGUCACUAUGUCAACAGUUUCUAUCAUGCUUGCUCGAGAUAGUGUCAGCUUUCCAUAUUGGUAGGGGUGGUGUACUGAUGUCGUAUAUGGGAAAAGGUGUGACAAGAUGUGCUGUGUUAUGUUUGAGACACCUUAUCAUAGAGAUAGCAUCACUUUCAGUGAAUGAGACUUGGCCUGAAAAGUGGGUAUUCUCAAAAUCUGGAUCUAAAGAACUUGAAGGAGAGGAUGGUUUUAAUUGGUUGCUAACACUGUGGGCAUACAGAGAUCCAGAGGUUCGAGCUGCAGGACUAGGAAUUGCAGUCGCUUUGACUUCAACGCAUGUUGGACGAGUUACCAUGGCAACCCAUUGUACCCAUUAUCUCCCAGGUGGGAUAUGGGGCGCAGCUUUUAGCAUACUACUUGACCAAUCAGAGUGCAGCAUUGUCCGUCGUCAGGCUGCAUUGUUAUUGGUCAAUCUGAUAUCCGAGGAAACUUUGAACAAAACGACAGCAACAUCCAAAAAUUCUGAAUUAAUUGGUCCUGUCAUCAAUACCCCAGAUUCACAGGUAUUAACAGGAAAAAGAGCCCUGAUAGCCUUACUAGAGCAUAGUAACUUCUACCCAGAGAUCCACAACAUGUUAAGUAACUACUACCCUCAACCCUUGAUCCAUCCUGUCAGCAUAGCAGCCCAAUCUCCCUGUAGGACCCCACUAGGAUCCCAGUCAACGCUCACUACAUCAGGGACUCCAGACCCACAGUCUGUUGGUGACACCACAGUUACAUUCCUAGACACAACUCUACCCAGCUUAAACAACCCUUCAACAUCAACUCCUGCACCAGUUGAUUCAUUUCCUUCACAGCAUACUCGUCCAGGAGAUGGAACUACUAGUCAUUCCAUUCACCAGAGGGCAGCACUGAGACACAUACAGACACCACCUACAGUUACCACGGCAACAAGCACACCGGCAUCUAUACAUGGUCAUAUUAUGAAUGAUGGUGGACGUAGCAGCACUGGGACAAUGGCCAGUGGUCAUGACUAUCCAAGUGUUGUCACUCCAGGACUAAUUGAUGCAGUUGCCCAAGUUCUACAAAAUCUGUCCAUCAGAGUCUCGGAAGACACAAUUACUUCAUUACUGAAAGAUAAUCUGCUGGUGCAGUUUACAGAGUUACUGCAGGUGAAACUAUUAGAGGCCUACUCAGAAGAGAUCACAAAUGGUACAAGACCAAUAGCCUCUUACAAAAUUGUUUUCUCCAAUCUUCUGACCACAUACUCCAGCCUGGUUGGCCUAUUAGACAUGUGUCUCUUGAAGAGCUCCGUGGUGCUGGAUUCUGUACAGGACAACAAGAGUCUUCUCAGGAAUGUUGUGCAAAUGCUGAAGAUUACUCAAAAUGGCUUUGAAGAACAAUGCAAUCAUCUAAGAGGAACAGUGUACCAGUUCCUAUCUACACUUCUGUCAAAAACUAAAGGAAAUAAAUUAAUGGUUGUUAUGGGAAUAUUUCUACAGGAUUGGACUAUAAUAUCUGAAUCUCUGCACAACUCAAUCAAGUCUUCAUGUGAUGAUUUAAAAGUUCAAGCCUGUAGAUUCCUGACCUUACUACUGAGUAGGAACAAUGAAAGAGGAGAUAGUGAAGACUCAAGUUGUAAUAUUACUGAUGGUCUAAAUACACAGCUUUAUAAAGAAGAUGGUGAUGUUGACUCAAAGACAAACAUAUUCACCAGUACAAUAGGGGCAAAUUUAUGCCAGUGUUUGAUGGAACAGUAUGAUAGAAUCUCAGUGAAUGUUAAGGGCUUUAACCCUGUGUGGAGGGCACAUGUUAUUGUGGCAUUCAAGUCUCUGUUGGCUGUCCAUGAGGGUUCAAAGAUAACAGCCCUUGAAGGUGGCUUAAUGGAGACAAUAAUUGAGAAUAUAAAGUGUGGACAUAACGAUUUGAACUCUGAAGCUCUUCAAAUGGGAGGCUUGAAAAAAGACACACCCACCCUUGAAAAUUUGAUUCUGACUCUUGAGCUCUUACGCAACUUCAUGCAUCGUUAUGUUGAUGCAAAGGUGGUGGCCUUUGAAUGUGGCCUAAGCAAUAUUCUACAUAAGCUGUGGUCAUGGUGUCUUCUAGAUAAUGGACUGUUGACCACUACACUGGGACUACUAUGCACCUACACUGCAGGUUGCUCGCAGGCUUCUAGUUCACUGGUGAGCACAAGUGUCCAUGCUAUAAUAGACCAACCACAGACAAAGGGACAAGUGAGCAACAGUUCUCUCCUGAAUUGUCUACUUAAGCUAGCCAACAAACCAAUCACAAAAGAGAACCUCGCCAUGAUGAAACUGUUGCAUAGUCUUCUUGCAACCUUGAGUUUAACAGCAGAGUGUAGAGGAGUUUUCAAUAAGAGCAAUUUUCUCCAAGGUUUCUCAAGUUUGAAUCCAAAGAGCAAAAAAUCCAAACUUCAGCACAGUACUGACACCUGGUGGAUAGAUAUAGCACUUAACCUGUCUUUUUCUAUAGAUGGUCAGCAGAUGAUUGUGAAAACAAAAGAUGCAAUAGAGCUUCUACUGGGUUUCGGAUCUAACCCAGCCAGCCCACACCAUAGUAAAGUAUUACUGGCCUUAAGGAAUCUUUGCUGUCACCCCUCUAGCAAAACUAAACUGCUAUCAAACAAACAUUUUCUACCAUUUCUUAUAAAGUGUUUGUCAGAGGGAGGAUGUGAAGAGAAAGUAAUAGCUGCGUCUGCUUUGUAUGCGCUGGUAUACAACAGCCAAAAGGCUAAGGUUGCUGUUAAGAGUGCUAACAUACAAGGCAGGGUGCAAGAUGUACUUGACUCACUCGUGGCUUGCUCUAGUGGACAGUUAAUUCAAGCCAAGGAUCUCCUCCUCAAUGUUGUUGAAGCUUUGCAAGAGUAGAUGUAAAACCUAAUGUCUUUUACAAGUACAAUGGCAUAAAAGCGUUUGUACAAAAGAUGUAAUGAUACUGUGAAAUUACAAGAGUACAUAUUUAUGGAAUUGGUCCUGUAAAUGAACAGCAUUACAAUAAUUUACACUAAUAUUGUGGAGGCUUUACACAAUGUUACCUGUAUUGCUCGUGAUCUUUUCUAAGGGCCGGGAAACCACUAAAUAAAAUGAUAAUGUUUUUUUAUUUAUUCCCAGCCUAGGUCAUAGAUUAUUGAAUUAUUGAUAGAUAAGUCGAUGUAUAAAAUGAUUUUUAUU